CUGUGCUUGGCACAUUCCUUAUGAAUUACCUUGGUCUAAAGGCAACAAUGAUUGUUGGAUUGCUCUUGCAGGCCAUCAUUGGCAUUGCUAUGGGCACCAUGUACAUCCAACUCAGUCAUCAUGUUUCUACAUUUGCAAUUAUCUAUGGAAUAUUCUUAAGUCUUGGUGAAGUUGGUCCUGGCAGUUGCCUCCAUGUCCUUGCUGCAAAAACUGGAUCUUCAGCCCAUGUUAGUGGACAAGUAUGCAUCAUUGCAGCUGCAAUUGGAAAAGUAGGAGCUUUCAUUGGAGUGUGGGCCUUCCCACAAAUCAUUGAUGCAUUAGGUGGAUCAGAAACUGUGAAGGGUAACAUUGGUCUGUUCUGGCUUGGUAGUGGCCUUGCAACUCUCAAUGUGGUUGUAACAUUUUUCCUGGUGAAUCCUCUUACACAUGAUCAAAAGAAAGCCAAUGACAAAGCUUUCCAUCAAUACUUGGAAGAGAAUGGGUUUGAUGUGAGCUGUAUGCAUCCAGUAGAGAAUCAUGAUGCUUGAUAUAAUUGGGCAUGUGGAAAUUGCAAGAUAAUGAUAAUGAAUGUGAUAUUGUAGGACUACUUACAAAGGUGCCCCAAGUACAGGAACACAAUGGAUGUAUAGUAGUUGGUGUGUUGCUACAAG